AUGUCAACAGUCCGAUCCAUUUAUCGAUGUCUCCUCCGCGAUGCACGUGAGCUGCAGCGGAUACCACAUUAUAAUAUUCGUCGUGAUCUACAGCUCGAGAAGUGGGGUAUUGGAAGUUUUGUGAAGCCUCUUACGUAUCAUGAACAGCAGGAACUCAAGAUGCACGAGUCACGUGGUGUAACAAUACUCAUGUCACUCGAGGAGUUUCGAAAGCUACGGGAUCAUGCAUUUCGCAUGAGACCACUUACUACUGUAGACCUGACUAAAAGCAUACAAGUGGCAUUUAGACAACAUAUGAAACUGAACGAUCCAAAGGUUACAAGUGCUAAGGUGGAUGAAGCUAUUGAAGCUUUGAGUGAAUUAUCCGACCAACUUUUGCUGGCCAAGUGCUCGACUGUUACGGUGACAGAUGGCGUCCGCAUUGAGGCGACCAGCAAGUACUUACAAAGCCACAGUAACCCGGGUUCGAACAUCUACCGCUUCACAUACCGAAUUACUAUUACCAAUCAGAACGAAGAGUGCUCGGUCCAGAUCCUUGGGCGCCAAUACACGUUUGAAAGCGAGAAGGGCCAGAGAAUUGCACUGAAGCGAUUCUCACCAGGAAUUGUGGGUGCUACGCCGCUACUGGCACCGGGUCAGAUAUUUGAGUAUGCCAGUGGAAUUGACAUUGAUGCCCCACGCGGAUCCGUGACCGGUUGUCUGCAUGCGCUGCGCAAGUCAAAGACUCUGAAUGCUGAGGAGGGAGAGGCGGGAGAGCACUUUGACGCGCUGGUGUCGAAGUUUUCUCUGCUUGCGCCACAUGCUUUGACUAAACGGUGA